AUGGCUACAGCUGCGGUCCAACACGCGCCGGGGACUGCUCUCGGGCAGGUCAUCGAGCCUCUUACCACAAAGAACAAGCCUGCAAAGCACGAUGUCGCUGCGGAGGUGUACUAUUACAAGGACCCCGGGGACGGGACUCCCCCUGCUCCUUCUUACGUCGGAAAGCCCAACUCCUACCUCCGACCUCAUGUAGCCCAGAAUGUUCUCAUCCAUGAUGUUUCCGGGGAUGAAGACAAAUAUACCAUUGACAGCCAUGGCUUUCAGUAUGUGAAGCAUGAGAGCAAGGAGAAGGACUUCGUCGACGACGAGAAGAUCAAGGCCGAAUACUACCCGGAAGUUGAACAGCUUCUGAAGAAUACCACUGGAGCCUCUCGCGUUCUCAUCUUCGACCACACAAUCCGCCGCGCAACGUCCGACGUCCGCGACAUCGCCGGCCAGCUUCGCGGCCCUGCACGUCGGGUUCAUAUCGAUCAGUCCUACGGCGCCUCGGAGAACCGUGUCAAGUACCACCUCCCUGACGAAGCCGACGAGCUCCUCAAAAAGCGCUUCCAGAUCAUCAACGUCUGGCGCCCGAUUAAGACGAUUCUCAGAGACCCUUUGACCCUCGCCGACGCCAAUUCUGUACCCGACAGUGACCUCGUCCCCGCCAAGCUGAUUUACCCGGAUCGCGAGGGCGAGACCUACGCGGUGAAGCCGAACCCGAAUCACCAGUGGUACUUCAAGUAUGCGCAGCGGCCCGAUGAGCCACUUCUCAUCAAGUGCUACGACUCUGUCACCGACGGGCGCGCCAGGCGAAUUCCGCACACGGCGUUUGUGGAUCCCGCGUACGAGAACGGCCCGCCCAGAGAGAGUAUCGAGGUGAGGACGCUGGUGUUUUAUGAUUAUUAG